UUGGUUCACCAAAUUCUGCUCGCUAAAUUGAUUUAAAAACCUAGCGUCAGUGAGACUUGAAAUACGGGAUUUUAAUUAGGAAAUUUGGACGUCUUCUUUUUUAAGUUUUCAUGGUUUUUGGGGAUAAAGUACAGCUAGAAUAAAAAAUACGAAGAAAAUGAAAUUUUUCGACAACAAUCCAUCGCUUUUUUGCGAGGAAGUUGGUACUGCCACAAUGUUAUUUGAAAAAUGGAAUGAUUGUGAAAGAACUGUAGUAAUAUACGCAUUUUUAAAACGCCUUCGAUAUCCUAAUUUAAAAUUUCUACAGUAUUCAAUAGAGAGUGUAUUAGCUCAUAUUACGACAGUAGAACUGCAAGCAUUCGAAUUCAAUUCAAAUAGUUCUGAAUAUUUACAGCAGUUGAUUUUUGCAUAUAAUGAUAAUGAUGAAGCAAAUAGUUACGAAUCAAAUAAUGCAAUAGGUCUACAAAAUGAAAAAAGAUUUACGAGUUUACAUAAUAAAAAAGAAAGUAUAUUAAAAGAAAUUUUAGAAAUGCUCCCAUUAUUAAGGCCUGGAAAUAAUGAAACAAAAUCAAUGUAUUUGUCAUUGAUACCUCUGGCAGUUAAAGAUACAGUAAAACAAACUGUAUCAGCGGAAUUAACACAACAAAUUAUAUCUUAUUUGCUAAUCCACCCCGCCAUUUUUAAUGAUGACCGAAAGUCUUUGAAUCAUUGGCUUAGAUAUUUAGAAGAACACAUUCAAUCAACAAUUAGUUAUAGUAGUAAUAAAAAUGAUAAACACAAAAUCAGUUAUUUUAGUUCUAGUAAUAAAUUCGAGACACAAAAACAAAAUAUGUCGUCACUAAAUAAGCCAAAUCCAACUAGUGGUACGCCAAUUCUAAAAAAUGACAAUUCGUUUCCAGAUAAUACGCAUAAUCAACACAUUCAGCACCACAAUAUUUGGCAAGCAAUUGCACCGCCAACACAAAAUUUUUUAAAAUUAAACGGUCAAGAUUUAACUGACAGUGGUAAGAAAUUAAAUUCGGUACCAGAUAUAUCCGAAAGUUUAAGUGAAGAUCUAAGUCAAAUUCAACUGCAAUCAGAUGCGUCUACUAAACAUAGUUCAGAUUCUUUAAAAUUAAUUUAUGAUUCACAAAGUGUUAGUAGUGAAACGAGUCAGUCAGAAACUUUAGUUGAUGCUGAUAUGACUGGUAGUUCAAUAACAAAUGGUAGUAAUGACCGUCAUAUAUCGUUUUCAAAAAAUGGUAGAGAAAUUUUAGACUAUGAGAGCAGUAACAUGUGUGAUAAGUGCAAUACCAAAAUUGUUGGAUAUAAUUCAGCUAUGCUUUGUUGCUACAACCAACAAAAACAACAGCAUGAAAAGCAAAACAAAGCUUUGAAAAUUAUUACAGCACCCAGAUGGAGUUUAGAUAGUAAAAUGACAUCUGUUAAAACAAGAAGAUCGAACAGCUUAACGACAUCCACAAUAUUAUCUACUUCAUCCUCAACAGCAACUGUUAAUUAUUCAAAUUCUUCAGAAAAUUUACCACAGUUUCUUGCCAAACCUAGAAGUUUUUCAUUAACAAUAGACCAACCCAAAAAUGCUCUUGUACAAAGUGGAUCUGAUACUCGAUUAGACGAUUUGAAACCAGGGUAUAUGCAAUUUCAAACACAUUUUAUUGGGAUGUCAAACAUUGGACAAUGGCUAAAAAGUCUAAGAUUGCACAAAUAUGUCGGCAUAUUUGCUAAUAUGACAUAUGACAAUAUGUUAGAGAUAUCCGAGGAUUAUUUACAAAGUUUAGGAGUAACAAAAGGGGCCAGUCACAAAUUAUCAAAAUGUAUAGAAAAAUUGAAAGAUCGCUUUACCACAAUGACGAAACUGGAGCAAGAUUUACGUACAGGGAAAAUAACAAUUAAAUCUACUGUAGAAGAACUGACUAAUAUUGUGUUAACGCCAAUGAAACCAGUUGACAAUACUCCAGAUAAUGUUGCAGCUAAGUUUAUUCAAUUGUUGGAUUUAGUUGUCAUGUUGGUGACUCGAUCUGAACUAAAUUUGAUUCAAGAUGAAGAAUCUAUUAAUUCAUUACUAUGGAUUUUAGAACGGUCUAUACAUAAUGAAGCUUUUUUAGCUUACUCAAAUCAAUUAAAAGAGCAUAAGUUUAAGCUGUCUAAAAUUCGUCUAUCAUUUGUGCCAAAAAUUCACCCUAAUAAAACAAGUAACAGUAGUGGUUUCAAUAAACCAAGGUGGAAUGGUAAAAAUCGUAAAAGUAAUAAUAAUAAUAGCAAUGGAAACGUUAGUAGUAGUACUGGUAUUCUCAGUACUACUGGUAUUACAAUGAAUGGAAAUGGUGGCGAAAAUUGUUUAAAGUCUGAUAACAAACUCAAUGGAAGUGGUAGCAAAAACAUAUAUGAAUCGGCAAAUAAUUACUCAAAUUCAUCGUAAAUUCUAAUAAUUUAUAUAUAUUGAAAUUUAUAUAGAAUUUUAUGUAGUCAUAUAACCUUAGUGAUCGUAUCGAAUGUUAUGUUAAACAGCAAAAAUAACUAAGUAGUUAGGAAUGGUGAUUACAGUUUAAGAAAAAAUAAACUAAAGUUGACAAUGAAACUUUUUAAAAUUCUGAGAUAAUAAUUGUAAGGAAACUUCAAUGGUUUACUGAAUGCUGAAUUUUAAAUUAGAAAAAAAAAAUCCCGUUAUAUAUUUUUGUUCUUUGGAUAUAGUUUUAAGUAUUUAGUACUGUAAGUAUUCAAAUAUACAUAUAGAAUAUGUAUUAUUUAAGAAGGGAGUUCUUUCAUAUUUAAAUUCCAGUUAAUUAUCUUCAUAUACAAUUUAAAUUUGUACCUUAUUGAAUUUAAAAAUUCAACUCUCUUUCUUUUAACUAAUAUAUACAUAUACAAUUUUUUUUAACAAAUUCCUAUUUAAACUAUUUUAAUUUUUUUAGGAUUUUUUGGUUUUAUAAAAAAAUUGCAUAGUUUGCAUCGUAUAAACCUAACUAUAAUUGUAAAAUUGAUGACGCUCUGUUAAAAAUUUAUUAGCAAUUAAUAAUAUAAAUUGCUAUAUACUGUAGAAAAUUUUCUUAAAAUCAGGAAGAAAGAUAGUCAAAUAAUAUUACAACAUUACAAUUUUAAUUAGCAGUAGUAUUGUUAAGUAAAAUGUUUUAAUUAAAAAAGCAAAUGUGUUAUUAAAAAUUUAAAAUUCUCAUAAAAAAAGAAACAUUUAUUUUAACUUAAAUAAUUUUAUACUGUAGGGUUUAUUUGAUUUCAGUUAUUUUUUAACUAAGAUAUUUUUUAAUUACAUUUUAACAAAUUUUACAUUUUAUUGUAAAAAGAUAUUAAACUUGUUAAAAUUUAACUAGAAUCAUAAUAAAUUAUUGCACUUGGCGAGCAAGUAAAAUUUGACUAAUAAAUUUGAAAUUUAUUUUAAAUUAAAGUUUAUUUAAAAAUUAAUUUGUAUGAAUCUAUUUAACCGCUAAGAAUUUUUCUUAAAAUAAUUAUAUUGUACAUUGAGACUGACUCAUUAUUUUCCGAAAAAAAUGUUUGUAUUGUUUAUUUUUUAAUAAUUAUUUCUUUGUUGUAAAUUUUUUAUUGUAAUUCGGAAAAUAAUUGCUGAAAUUAUUUAUAAAAUUAUAAAUAUAUACAUAUAUU